GAGUGCAGUGCCGGGCAUGCUCUUCCGAUGACACCCAAGAUCGCACAGAUGAUGGCACGGCUGCUGUGGUUGGCGCUGCUGCUCCACGGCGGUCUGGCCUCGCAGAACGCAGCAAAGCAAGGUCGCAAGCUGUUCGGCGGGUACCGCAUCGUGCCGAAGGCGUGCCGCUCGCCGGAGAUGGAGCCCACGGAGCGCGGUGUUUGCAUGUUCAACCUGGAGUGCACGCAGCGCAUGGGCACGGUGGUGGGCACCUGCGUCGACGGCUUCCUGUUCGGCACGUGCUGCCGCCUGCCGCCCGACGCCGACGAGCUGGCCCUGCCCGACGACAUCCCCGCGGAGGACGUGCUGAACGCCGCCGACGCGCCGCCGCCACCGUCGCCGGCAGCGCCCCCGCCGCCCCCGCCCGGGCUCUUCGACGGCCUCCUGCUGACGCCGGCCCACACCCCGCAGCCGCAGCCGCCGCCCGACACCGUCCUCGUCCACCAGAACGGCUCGCACGUCCACGACUCCGGCGACCUGCAGGACCUGUUCGAGCCCGCCACGCACUACAACGUGUCCGGCCCUCACGAGCCGGAGACCGACAUUCUGUUCGAAGCUAGUCGACCCGAGCCCGAGCUCAGCACGUUCAGCUACGUCGGCAGUAGCGCCGUAGCGGCAGACGUGUCCCAGACCCAAGACGGCAGCCCCUUACUCCACACUACAGAGAAGUCCUCGACGACUGCUGGAACUUCCUAUUCAACUGCCGGCACCAGUAAAUCCACUUCGUUCUCCUCCACAUAUUACAGCUCGCCUGGUUUAGAACACACUCCUGAAAAUAAACUCACCACCCAGCCACUGCCACCUGGAGGCUAUAUCACUCUUUUCUCCACAACAACGAGUCCUAUUGCCGAUUCCACUAGGCCAGGAAAUGUUCCUCCCUCGCAACCAGAUAACGACGACACUAGACUGACGUAUUCGUCCCCAAAAUUCACGAGCGCGCCAGACUCUUACUCUUCGACGCGCAAAGCGACGACUAAACCCGUGUUUACGACAGCAGUACAUUACACUUUCAGACAGGAGACGACUACGAGGAAACUGACUCCAGACGACGAUGGAAUGGUGCAAAUAGCUACCAUCAGUGCUGACGACAAAUUCACUAAACCACCAAUGAGUACGAGCAUUACCAGUAAUAAUGCCGACUCCAUAAACCAAAUAAUAACUAUGCUCAACGAGACUGGUCUCGACAUCCUGGAUCCUCAACCCGAACCUUUACCUGAGGUGACACUAACAUCUACAGCCUCGAGCGGGCAACAGAGUGGGCUCUCCACAUGGGUGUCUGUCGAUGAGAAACCGCAGUGGUCCUCCCACAAUACAAUUAGUCCCACAUCUCUGGGAACCGAAAGCUCCUCAAAGAAACCUCUAUUUUCUUCUACCACUUAUUUUACUACAAAGACGACAUCUAGACCUUCAAUAUAUACAACAUCUGCUCUGAACUUUCCAGAAAAGGACUCUGUGAGUCCCGUCGUCUUCCCAACCUUGCAAGAGGUGCCUCUGACAUCUGUUCCCACUCACUCUAAGCCACCUGCUCCAACGGUGAUAGUGCUGAGCCCGCCUAACUCAGCUUAUACCACUCAAAACUUUCCGACAGUACAUAUUUCCACUAGGAGACCGCCACCGUACACCUUCUACACACCAGCAGCUGACGAGGUUACUAGUGAAUCGGUAACGAAGAAACCCUCCUUCUCACAGAGGCCUUCUACUUCAACCGUGACGAAACUGGCAAGUACGACUGUCAAAGUGCCUCCAGUUACUUCCCGACCACCGACUACUAUGACAGUCCGACCAAUCUCCAGUCACGUCCCGCCUGUUACUAAACGCCCUCCUACAGUUACCGCUGUGACUGGAACCUCGGGUACUACUACCGUGACUAAAAGACCCACGACAUACUCGACAUCGACAGAGUACGAUCAAGUAACGUCAAUAGCUGACCUCGUGAACUUUCCACCAGUGCGGAACCCGCAGCUGAACAUGAGUGUAUCGCAGCAGGAGACUCUGCAAGUUGUGCUGGCGACAGAACCGAGCUCCGAGCCGAGUCACGAGGUACCACUGGUGCCGGACGACAACGACAUUACCACGCCGGAAUUCGUGGAGGACGAGAAGUUCGACGAUAAAAUGCAGGCGUUCGUGAACAAGAUCGUGCAGUCGCUGCAGGGCAACUUCCAGGAUCUGGAGGAGGUGAUCUACAAGCCGCGCAACGUGACGACGGUGGCGCCGCCAGUGGCGCAGACGACGACUCGCCGGCCCACUCGCCGGCCGGCGCAGCCCGGCACCACGACCCGUCGGCCGACGCGCCGCCCCAGCGCGGGCUCGACCACUCGCCGCCCCGCCACCGCAGCCGCCGUGCCAGCCUCCACCACGAGGAGACCCUCCGCCACCCCCACCAGGCGGCCGUCGACACCCAACAGGCGGCCAACCACCGCCAGUACCACCAGAAGGCCGUCGUCCUCGCAGAGUACCACAAGGCGGCCGCUGGCGGGUUCGACGACCAGACCGUCGACGACGCGGAGGCCGACUAAGCGGCCCAGCUCGACGCGACCUCGGCCCACCACGACCACCACCGUCUCGACCACACCCACCACCACCACCACCACCACCACUACCACGACUACCACGACUACCGCGAGGACGACUGCUGCACAGGCCGCUGUCGAGGCGGAGACGACGGCCCUCGUCACAGAAAAGCCCGAUCUCUCAACAGAGACAGAGGCGACGGCCACCACCACGCCAAAGCCAAUCGAUUACAGGAAUGAGUGCGGCGUGCGGCCGCUGAUGCAGACGGUGAAGACGGGACGCAUCGUGGGCGGCAAGGGCGCCACGUUCGGCGAGUGGCCGUGGCAGGCGCUGGUGCGCGAGACCACGUGGCUCGGCCUCUUCACCAAGAACAAGUGCGGCGGCGUCCUCAUCACCAACAAGUUCGUCAUCACGGCCGCCCACUGCCAGCCGGGGUUCCUGGCAAACCUCGUGGUGGUGUUGGGCGAGUACGAUAUCACGGGCGAGCUGGAGUCGAAGCGAUCCGUGACGAAGAACGUGCGGCGCGUAAUCGUUCACCGGCACUACGACGCGGCUACGUUCGCCAACGACCUCGCCCUUCUGGAAAUGGACUAUCCGGUGACGUUCGACGAGCACAUCGUGCCGAUCUGCAUGCCCAGAGAGAACGAAGACUUCACAGGCCGCAUGGCUACGGUCACCGGCUGGGGCCGCCUCAAAUACGGGGGCGGAGUGCCGAGUGUGCUGCAGGAGGUGCAGGUGCCUGUCAUUGAGAACAGCGUCUGCCAGGAGAUGUUCCAGACCGCCGGCCACUCCAAAGUCAUCCUCAACAGCUUCCUGUGCGCCGGAUAUGCCAAUGGCCAAAAGGACUCCUGCGAGGGGGACAGCGGCGGCCCGCUAAUGAUGGAACGGGACGACGGUCGCUGGGUGCUGGUGGGUACCGUGUCCCACGGUAUCAAGUGCGCCUCCCCCUACCUGCCCGGAGUCUACAUGCGCACCACCUACUACAAGCCCUGGCUACAGAGCAUCACCGGCGUGCAGUGACUCUAACCACGACCCCAUUAGUGGUGUCUCGAGGAUGGACUUCCUACAUAAAGCAUCUCACAAGUGCGAAAGUAUUGACUGCCAUAAUCAUUUUAAAUUAAUUUAUAUUUAACUUAUAUUUAUUACACAGUAAAUUAUGUGCAGUUACUGUAUCAGUAAUGAAGCACUUCCCAACAGGAGAAAUAGUAUCUACUGUACAGUACGUAAAAUUCGACAUAUCAGCAACCAGAAGGUUGCCAGGAGAGCAAAAACAAUUGCAAAGGUUGACUAAAAUUUCGACUCAUGCAGAAGUUUACCGUUUUCAAUUCUUAUAGGAAAAAUGUAUCUCGAGCAACUCCAUUUUAUGUUGUUAGAACAGAAAUUUAUUCCCAGAAGCUUUCAUUUUACUAACAGUGGCUGAUCAGGUUUUUCUGGCACAUUAAUCUACCUGACUCAGUCGACAAGAUCUCACAUAUAUAUUUCCUACUUCAAAGUGGCACCACACGUGGCCACUUUUAGUAUCGUGCAAUAAUGAAUUAAUAAUUUACUGUGCCUGUAAAAGUUGAAAGUUGAACUGUCUUCUUACCGAGAAGGAUCAAUGGCAUUAGUAAUGUAAGACUGAAACACUUAAAACCAAACAACUGUAACAGAAAAUUUUAAAAAUUGUUCUGUUUUUAGUCGAGAAACAUUGUUAUAGAAGAGAUUUUAUUCCACUGCAGUGCUUAUCUGAACAUUUUACACUCCAACAAUAUUAUUUAUUUUGUUUACAUUAGAAAUAUUAUAACAUAUUAACUUUUAAGAUAUUUGUUACAAAAUGAAGAGCAAACGUAUUUAACCUGUAAAUGUUAUUUUCAUUUUAGUACCUAAAUCAUGUGUUAAAUACACUAUAAGUCUAAGCUACUGUAAAUAUGAAGUGUUAUUGUUAUUCAUGCGAAAACACAUUGCUGGAAAUAAUGUUUGUUACUGCUGAUGACUCCUGUUUGGUAAAAAUGAUUAUAUCUGAUCGUUUAAACUGUAUACAAGUAUGCCAGUGAGGAAAGCACAUCAGUAAUAAAACACACGAUUUCUGUUUUGAGAAAAAGGAUUAUGGAUACUUGUCCAAACUGUACACAAAUAUCUCUGUGAGGAAAGCAUGUCACUAAUAAAACACACAGCUUCAAAAGCAACAUUUAUUGAUGCAUAGCUAUUCAGUUU